CAGAAACAGUACGGAAAGCUUAGGACCCAUUGAAACCUGUAUCUUUUUACUGAGCGCUAAUUUUGAUACUCAAAAGGAAGUAUGCUGAAUUCUGACUGUUUUUGUUAUUCUGGUUAACGGUUUUGACGUGUAUUGGUAUAAUUCUCGCUCAAUUUCAUUAUUUAGUAUAUUAUGGAAGAUUCGUUAACGAAAAGCGAAUCUCCGAAUUCGAAUUCGAAUUCGGAACCACAAGAUCAUGUUUCUUCUCAAGCACUGCUUAUUUCUAAUAAACCAUCUACAAAUGCACUCGACGAUCAACACUCAAGCCAGUCUCAUGAAGCUUCGUCUGCUGAAAUAGCCAACGCUGACGAUAUCGGGUUCCCUAGCAGCAAUUCGACUAUUUCCACCCGUCCAUUCCAAGCACGAAACAAGUUUGGCAACGUUCGUUCAGGAUUUGCCGUUAGAUCGUUUAGUUCAAGUCCCUUCACACGUUCUGCGUUUCAUGAGUCUCUCGGUACGAAUGGCGAAGCUUCUCCUUCGAUUGGAAUCAACAACAUAUCCCCUAUUCGGAUACCUGAGGAAACAAUCAACGGUUUCUUGAAUCUCCGUUCACCAGCUUCUCAGGCCUUUUCCAAGGAAACUUCGAGUACUGACCAAGAACGGUUUUUUCAACACACUCACACACGUACCAUUUCUUCAAAUAACCUAUCCAGCCAGUUGACUUCCAUUCACAGUACCCCUAUUGUAGUUGAAUGUCCCAGCGAAAAUUCUGCUUCUCACAGCUACUCUUCGCGUCUCCCGAAUGUCGGAGGGUUUGACGACAGUGUCAACGAAGAGAACGACAAGAUGGGCCCAUAUCGAAGUCCAACGUUUGAACGUCAACUCUCUAUUCAAGUGAAUCAGCCUGUUGGUGCCAUGUCCCUUUCACCCUGCGGUCGGGAUGUAGCCUUGGCUUCUCGUCAUGGCCUCUUAAUCAUUGAUCUUGAUAAUCCGUAUAACCCACCGCGAAUGCUUCAUCACUCAACUUUGUGGGAAGUUGCUGACGCACAAUGGAAUGUCCAUACUGCCCGUGACACUUGGAUCGUGUCCACCUCUAAUCAAAAAGCCAUUGUGUGGAACCUUGCUCUACCAAACGACCAAGCCAUUGAGUUUACACUUCGGGGACACACACGAGCUGUGACUGACAUGAACUGGCAUCGACAGAACCCGGAUAUUUUGGCAACGUGUUCUACCGAUUCCUCUGUUUUGUGCUGGGACUUGCGUGAACCACGCUUUCCAGUUAAUUCCUUCUACGAUUGGAGCAACGGCGCAACACAAGUAAAAUGGAACCUUCGCAAUCCACACAUACUAGCCUCAAGUCACGGCCGACUACUUCGAAUCUGGGAUGAUCGUAAAGGCUCUCAACCGCUUCACACAAUCUGUACCUCAGACACGCUUACAAAGAUCAACGGUGUUGAAUUUAAUCGGGUGUCUGAAACACGCUUAAUCACAUGCGCCAUGGAUCGUACUGUCAAGUUUUGGGACUACUCUAAGUCGUGUACAGAGGCCGAGUAUACGAUCACCACAAAUACGCCCGUAUGGAAAGCCCGAUAUACGCCUUUUGGAGUGGGUGUUAUUCUUAUGCCGCAACGAGGUGAUCAUUCUGUUCAUAUGUAUGACUGCAGGGACAUGCAGCAAACUGGCCCUCGGAGAGUGCACUCUUUCUUGGGUCACACCGACCAGGUCAAGGAGUUCCUCUGGCGUUGUAGAGGCGAAGAGGUUGCCCACUGUGAUAACCGAGACUUUCAACUUGUUACAUGGUCCAAAGAUCGACAUGUUCGUUUGUGGCCGAUCGGAUCAGAAUUAUUAAACAUUAUGGGACACAAUGCAUCAUUGCCAGUUCCAUUUGAGCUGCCAAGACUGGGGGCAAAGUAUCGAACAUACGCAAGAGAGCCAAGCAUUCCAGACGUCACUGACUCUGAAACUGAUGAAGCUUUUAAAUCUGCACCCUCCCAACGCAGAAAUACACUUCAAAAGCGUCCUGCCGCGUAUAUGACUCGGUCCCAGAAGUCCUAUACGUCUCUGACUCCUCUCAACUGGCUUCGUGGAAUCUCAAUGGGUCGUUUAGGAAAUGCCUCAGACUGGGAAAUUCCUCAAAAUUUAGGUGAAGAACUUUCCUGGGUUAGUCAAAAGUUUGGCAACGUCAAUUUUGAGAGUCUAGAUGUUGCUGACAGAAAGUGUACAAUUUCUUUGAAUGGUUCGGUUUUGGACAACGGAGCAUAUACUUUUAUGCGAAUACACAUCUUUUUUCCCCCAGCCUAUCCUCAAUCUGCAGUUCCCAAGUUUCAGUUAGAGAAAUCGAGUGCAUUUGACGAUGAGCAGUUUCGUUUUAUUAUGGCAACCCUCAAUCACAUUGCUCAAUUGUGUGUAGCCACGGGAAAGCCUUGUAUGGAUGUUUGUUUGUCUUACUUAUGCGGAGAGUCUCGUGCCGAAGACUUUUGGAAGGAGGAGGAUAAAUCGGAAACAGACUCUUCAGACACUUCAUCAUUGUCUUCCGACUUACAGGAGCCGUUUCCCCUUCCUGAUCCUACUCGUGAAACACAACCAGACACACGCCAAAAACACAACAUUCCGUUACCCAAAACAUCCGCAGCUAUUUUCUGCGGAAACAAUACACUCGUUUGCUUUUUUACGGACAAAACUGAGUUUGACACCAAUCGAUCUAUCACAAGCGCACGCGAAAGUCAUGGUCGUCAAAAACUUUUUGAGUCGUUUGGCAUACUGAACGGUAUAGGCCUUACCGGUGAUUCCGAGUCCACUUCAAACACAACAAUGACUGUUGACGAUGACUCUUCAUUCAUCGGCACUGGUCAUUCUGAGUCUGAUAGCGAGUUUGAGUGGGAGUUAAAUGAGACGACUACUGGGAACAACUUAUUCGGGCGACUUCCGGGUUACCAGCCUACGUUUUCGGGAAUCGCACGAAGAGUAGACAAUAGCGACAUCUUUAGUGGAAAACGCAUAUCAUCGCGUGCUUCUGGCCGCCGUUCUAUGGUCAGUUCACGGGCUGUUGAGGCCAAACACUUGGUUGUGAUGUUCGACAUGUCCCGUUAUUUGCCCGAUAGCAAGGAACUUGCCGUACGUUAUGCAGUAUCCGGCAAUAGGGUUGCUGUAUGCGAUCAUAAUGCCCGUGUUUCAGAGCUUUGUGGCUUUAGAGAGGUCUCUCUAGCAUGGAAACUUGUUGGACGAAUACUGGCUCUGUCAUUACAGGAGGCACAUGCUUCAGGCACUUUGUUAAAAGGCAUCAAUUUGUGGAUUCAUGGACCCUCUGCGUUUUGGAUAUUAAACAGUUUGCUUCCUUACUACAUGGAAGAACGAAACAUUCAAAUGCUGGCUAUGCUGGCAUGCGUUUUGGAGGAAACUGAUUUCUGUUCAGCUACUUCCACGAAUGCCGAACACAAUGGUACGUCUGUUUACUCAAAGCAAUCGUUGCCUGAUUAUGGUGGUACUUCAGCACUGCUCUCUCAACAGACUAUGCACAGCAUUUCGACGAAAAGUCUGACUGCUAUUCAUGCUGAUUCAAAGCAAGCAAUCGACGCUCAUCCAGCACAUCCUGAAGCUUCGCUGCUCCCGGGUGGAUCAGUUGCCAAAAUCAAGGAAACCGAGUCCUAUAACAUUACAAUUACAAUGCGCCAUCUUGAUCAAACCGCAACUUAUGUUCCUCCAAGUAUCCCGGAUUGGAUUGGUUCUGUAGAGUCGUUACAUACUCUGUUCAGCAACUGGCGUACCAUUUACAUCAAGCAACUCGACCAUUGGGGACUUUACCAACCAUUCUUGGAGUUGAAGAAGAUUAACAACCUCGACAAACAACUUCCUCAUCCUGCAAGUGAAUCGCUCUUAUUUCGGUGUCGCAAUUGUGGACGCAAACUCAAGUCAUCCACCUACUGCAGUAAGUGCCAAUUGGUGAAUCAAGGCGUCCAAUGCGUAAUUUGCGAAUUACCUAUGCGUACACCAACGUAUGUCUGUAAGCGUUGUUUCCAUGGCGGUCACUUAAAGUGUUUACGAAGCUGGGUUAAGCAAUUCGCCAAAUCAGGAACUCCUAUGGUUUGCGCUUAUGGAUGUGGAUGCGAUUGCAAUUUUGAAGAACAGGCGCACCUUCUCUUCCGUUAAUUUCUUGGUUUUUUGUUGCUUGUUGUGAGCGUUUCAUGACCGACAUUUAAAAAAAAUGCCGACUCGCUUGGAGUCGGCUUUCAGGGUUAUUUGAAAUAAAGUUUAAGCUGGCGCAUUCAUUCACAGGAAGCAAGACGAUGUUUUCUUUGUUCUCUGUGGCAUUACGUAUAUGUUUGCGGUUUUUUCUACAUGGAAUACGUUUUAGUUCUAUUGCUUGUUUUGAAAUGAACCGACUCUUACCAGCAGCCAGUAUUCACCACUUUGUUCUCUGUGCGGUAUUGACGAUUCCUGUCAAACAAA